UUUCAGAGCACAGUUUCUCUCGGACUUUCACUGGAUUUAGACCAAAACUGCGCUAAAACCAAAGGAACUAUCCACCAGAAAUAAACCAGGAAAUACUAAUCUCACCUGUUAUGCUGCUUUUUCCCAUCUAAAGUCUGCUCAGGUGUAGAGGAUGCAUAUGACCCGCAGCCCCACCUCCCCUUCCGCCCUGGCUCUGCCUCCCUCACACAUGACCCCGCCCCCCUCAGGUGUGUCUCCAGGUGAGGCUCUAGACCUGAGCAUCAGCGGCUCUCAGAUCACCAUGAUGGCCAGGCGACCUAGCAGUGCCUCGCCUGGAAAGACUGGGAAAACCUUCAGUCGUUCAGUGUCUGUGAUUGGAGAAACUAGGAAGCACCGGAACACCCUGGCUGAUUCUUUGGGAGGUUCUCGUUCCAUAAAGAAUCUUCGACGUUCCAACAGCACGACUCAGGUCAACCACACCAUCGGAGGGCGCCACAGCCCCGAGGUCAGAGAUGAGUACCUGUCUCUGCUCAAUGAUGGACGCAAGAAACUCAGUCCAGACACCACCACCUGGAACAUACUGGAUGAGCAGCCCAGAGUCCUUAUCCAGCCCAGUCCUCGGUCUAGCAGCAGUCUGGACUCUCAAAGCGGAAACAAGAAACGAGAGGCCGGGGUUUGCCUGGCUGCGACCUUCACUGCUAACAACAGGAGUAACAAAGGAGCCGUGGGGAACUCUGUGAGCACCAUUUUACACAACAACCACCACAACACGGACAAACCUCUGACCCCAAAAAGUUCCAACCAGCGCCCGUCAUUCAAUAACCUCUUAAAGGCCGGUGAUGGUGCUGGUGAGAGCUCCUCCGUCACUAAAUCCCAAAAGAACUUCAGCUCCUGCAGCCCUGUGCUCAGUGCUGCCCCCCACAGGAGACAGGAGGCCACAGAGGAGGAGGCAGAGAGGUUCAUUGAGCAGGUGAACCACGCGGCCAUCACCAUCCAGCGCUGGUAUAGACUCCAGAGGCAGAGGAGACAAAGCAACCAGACCCUCAACCAAACACACCACAGCCAGCCCCAGCCCCCGGUCCAGAGCGAGCUGCACCAACUGCUCAGCUCCAAGAGGAAGGAAAUGGAGCAGAGGAAGUUGGGGGACCGCAAGUCUGAGCAGCACAAAGACGAGGAGCGGAGGAGGGUCAGAGAGGAGAAGGCUCGGCUCGCCAGGCUACAGGCCAUCCAGGAGCUGCAGCAAAAGAGAACUCAGCGUUCUUUAGAGCCUCAGUUUAACUCUGUGGAAGCCGAACCAUCCAGGAACUCAGGGAGCAAGAGAGGAUUCAAGGUUGGAUCUGAGACCAGACUGGAGACCAGACCAGAGUCCAGACCGAAGACCAGACCAGAGACCGGGGUCCAGACCAGAGUUAUACCAGAGUCUCCAGGGGAUAAGACCCAGAACCACAAUGAUGCUCAGCUGAACAUUGACCUAUCAGACCUGACCUUCAGUGCAGUGUCUCCCACCUUGUCCAAUCACAGACGCUGUACCUGUGAACAGCGCACCUGCACAGAACCAGUGCCUGAGCCAGUCCGACUGAGUGUGAGCCGAAAGAAGCCUCCUCUCAUCUGUGCUCCCAGCCACAGUCCUGCAUUUACCGCUAAUGCAAAUACAAGCACUACUGCUGCAAACACUACUACUACUAACACUACUUCUGCAAACAGGAGUCCGGCUGCUCCUCUGUCACCCAGCGACAACAAGGCCAACAACACAGACACUCACCUGAACAUCGACCUAUCAGAUCUGACCUUUAGAGCAGUGUCUCCAACCUCAUCCAAUCACAGAGGCUCGAACUGUGAACAGCCUCUGGGCCAUGGCCCGGUGAGCCCCUCAGAGCAGAGUCGGCCUCAGUCUAAGAACACUCUGACCGAGCUGCUGGACUCUCUCAGACUGUUAGAGGAGGAGCCCUGUAAACUCCAGAGCAACAAGAAGAGCUACUGCAAGGACAACUACACAGGGACACAGGACGUAGACUCCCCUUCUCUGACGGCAGAUAACCUCCAGCGCCACGUGCUGCAGAGCUUCCCUCCUCCUGACGGGGGCGCUCUCUUGUCUGAGGCUAAGCUGCAGAGCAUCAUGAGCUUCCUGGACGAGAUGGAGCAGAGCGAACAGGAGAGACCGCGCUCCGCCACCUCGGGGUCGCACAAAGAGAUGUUGUUAUCAGAGGAUGAGUUGUUGGCAGUGGAGCAGGCGUCGGCCACAGCAGCAGAACUGAACGGGAACAUGACCAGGAUCAGACUGGAGCUGGAGGAGAAGAACCGCUCUGUCCACAUGCUACAGGCUGCUCUGGCCCAGCAGAGGGAGCUGACAGUGCGUCACAUCAAAGAAACUGAGAAAGAACUCAACAGGAACUUUCAACUUCAGAAAGAACAAUAUGAGUCUACUAUACAGAGGCAUCUGGCAUUUAUAGACCAGCUGAUCAGUGAUAAGAAGAGCCUGAGUGAGCGCUGUGAGGGAGUGGUGUCUGAGCUCAAACAGGUGGACUCCAAGUACACCAAGAAGAUCCAGCAGAUGCAGGAACAACAUGAUAUGGUGUGGCAGGUACUGGGGCCUUUGUGUGAGGAGAUAAAGAAGCUGAAGGAGCUGAUGGCCGCCACUGAGAAAGUUCGACGAGAAAAAUGGAUCGAUGAGAAGACCAAGAAAAUCAAAGAGAUCACUGUCAAAGGUCUGGAGCCUGAGAUCCAGAGGCUGAUCUCGAGACACAAACAGGAGCUGAACAAACUGAGGUCUCUGCAUGAGGCCGAGCUGCUGCAGGCCGACGAGAGAGCGGCUCUGAAGUAUAUACAGCAGACAGAAGAGCUGAGAGAAAGACUGGAACGAGAGAGGGAAGCACUGUGUGAGAGGGAGAGAGAGAACGUCAAGAGCAGGUACGAGAAGCAGCUCCAGGAGGAAGAGCUGUCUCUGCAGCAACAGAGGAGACGUUUGUACAAAGAGGUUUCAGACGAGAAGGAGAGACUGGCACAUCUUGCAUCACGUCAACGUGCAGAGCUGGAGGAGCUCAGGAGACAUCUGGAGGAGAACAGCUCUGUGGCCUCACGAGCUCUGAGAGAAGAACUAGAGAAGAGCCGCGAGGAGCAGGAGAGAAGACACCAGCUGGAGAUGAAGGCUCUGCAGGAGCGACUGGAGCUGGAGAGACAGACGUGGGAGGACACCUACAAGACCAAACAACAGGCGUGGCUCCGGAGCCAAGAGCGAGAGAUGAAAGAAGAGCUGAGGAGAGAGAGAGACAAAGAGAUAGAACUGGCCAUCUGGACUCUAGAGGAGCAGACAAGUAAAGAGAGGGAGGAGAGCGAGCGAGCAGUGGAAAACAGAGUGAAGCGUGUGAGGGAGAAGUACGAGGCUGAGCUGCAGGAGCUGGAGCGCUCUGAGAGGAGCUCUGUGGAGAAACACCAGGAAACACGACAGAAACUACUGCAGCGAGAAGAAGAGCUGAUGAGAGCCACAUCUGAGCUACGGCUCAAAGACCAGACCAUCCAGGGUCUAAAACAGACUUGUGAUAAGCUGACUUCAGAGCGUCACAGUCUGGCUGAAGUGAUCCGUGAGGAGUUUGCAGAACGUUUGGUCCAAACGGAGGUAGAGAACCGACAACUUAAGACGAGUGUGAGUGAGCUGAGAGCGAGACUCAGGCUCGAGCUGGAGAGAGUCACCAGAGAGAAGGAGGAGGAACUCAGCCAAGUACAUGAGAGAGUGAAGGCAGCCAUUUUGAAGAAAGAAGAAACUGUGAAUAGUCUGCGUAAACAGCACGAGGCUGCACUAAAGCGAGCCGACCACCUGGAGGCGCUAUGGGAGCAGCAGAGGAAGCAGCUCCUGGAGAAGUGACCGGGAGUCUAACCCACAACCUUCAGAAUCUCCCCUGUCGUUUAAAGAGAAAAAAAAAGAUGAAUAUAGAAAGUAUUUGUGCCAAAACAAAAUCUAUGGGAAACACUGCUGACCCACAAC